AUGCUGAUCGUCGCACAGUGGCGGCUGCUUUCUGUUCACAGUGUGUCGUCUGUGGCGGGCGUGAAGUGUUCUCAUUUGAAGGUUGUCCCGGGGUUGUCGAAGCCCCUCGAUACGAGUCAGACAUCGAUGGUCAUGUGUGAUAGAGGAGCCUCCGUGAAGGAAGGGGGCGGUUGGGUAUCAUUUGGUGGGAAGCCCUACUGUGUACAACACGAACCUCGGCAGCUUCUGAAGGAUCGUUUGGAACUCAUUCGGGAGCAACUCGAAUUGAGCAAAAAGCAUCGAGGGAAAAGCACUAAAAAGGCGGAGACAGUUCGGUUGAGGAGCAUUCGGCUCCUAGCGAUGAUACCGUACUGGCAGAGCGAGUAUUUGCGGGCUAUUGACUUCUCGGACACGCCCGAUGAAGAGGCCAAAUUCGAGGAGGCGUCGAUGAAGGCGUGGCGAAUGAUCUGCGAGAUUGAAGGUAAAGAAGACGUUGCAGAGCUUGAAGAUGCUAUCAACGAUGUCCUCAAGUCUACGGCACUGUUUUACGAAGACCUUUGUGAUCUGGUUGGCGUCGAGGUGCCUGCCGUGCCUAAGGAGGGAGAUACUGCUUAA